CGGCGCGGGGCGGCAUGGCGGGGCCGUGCGCCAUGGCGGCGCUGCGGGCCCGGCGCGGGGCUGUGCGGGGGCUGUGCCGCUCGCUCUCAGGAAAGAAUGAGUAUGAUCUUCUGGUCAUUGGUGGAGGGUCUGGAGGCCUUGCUUGUGCAAAAGAAGCUGCUCAGUUUGGAAGAAAAGUGGCUGUUUUGGAUUAUGUGGACCCUUCCCCACAAGGAACCACAUGGGGACUUGGUGGAACUUGUGUGAAUGUUGGCUGCAUUCCUAAAAAGCUUAUGCAUCAAGCAGCCCUUUUAGGGAGUGCCCUUAAAGAUGCCCCACACUAUGGCUGGAACGUAGCCCACCCUGUUCAUCAUAGCUGGUCUGUGAUGGCACAAGCUGUUCAGAAUUAUGUGAAAUCCUUGAACUGGGGACACAGAGUGCAACUACAAGACAAGAAGGUGAAAUACCUCAACAUGAAAGGGAGUUUUUGUGAUCCCCAUACGGUCCGUGGUUUGACAAAAGCAGGUAAAGAGACUAUUGUUACUGCAGAUAAUAUUGUCAUUGCUACUGGAGGAAGACCAAAGUAUCCUACACACAUUGCAGGUGCCCUGCAGUAUGGAAUCACGAGUGACGAUCUGUUCUGGCUGAAAGAGUCUCCUGGAAAAACGUUGAUUGUUGGAGCCAGCUAUGUUUCCCUUGAGUGUGCUGGUUUUCUAACAGGCAUUGGACUGGACACUGCAGUCAUGAUGAGAAGUAUCCCACUUCGUGGGUUUGAUCAGCAAAUGGCAUCUUUAGUAACUGAGCACAUGGAAUCUUAUGGCACAAAGUUUUUAAAGAGAUGUUUCCCAACCAAAGUUGAAAAAUUGGAGAGCAACAGAUUGCAAGUCACCUGGAAAAAUACUGACCUGGGCACAGAAGAAACUGAUUCCUUUGACACUGUGAUGUGGGCAGUAGGUCGAGCCCCUGACACUAAAACUCUCAAUUUGGAGAGAGUUGGAGUGAAAACUAAUUCUGAAACUGGGAAGAUUAUUGUUGAUGCCAGUGAAGCUACUUCUGUUCCUCACAUUUAUGCAAUUGGAGACAUAACUGAGGGCCGGCCUGAAUUAACCCCCACGGCCAUAGCUGCAGGCAAGCUGCUGGCCCAGCGCCUCUGUGGCCACUCUUCAGAGCUGAUGGACUAUGACUCUGUCCCCACCACCGUGUUCACGCCGCUGGAGUACGGCUGUGUGGGGCUGUCGGAAGAAGCAGCUGUGCAGCGUCACGGGGCAGAUAAUGUUGAGGUAUUCCAUGCAUAUUAUAAACCUUUAGAGUUUACAGUGGCUGAAAGAGAUGCAACUCAAUGCUAUAUGAAAAUGGUGUGCUUACGAGAGAGGGAGCAAAGGAUCCUUGGCCUUCAUUUCAUUGGACCGAAUGCAGGCGAAGUUAUUCAAGGAUUUGCUCUUGGAAUCAAGUGUGGUGCUACGUACCCUCAGCUGAUGAAGACAGUUGGUAUCCACCCCACCUGUGCUGAGGAAGUCACCAAGUUGCACAUUACAAAGCGUUCUGGCUUGGAUGCCACAGUCACAGGCUGCUGAGGUUAAAUGCCAUCCCUGGAAAGAAGGAAAAAGGCACAAAAUAUGUUUGUAAAGGAAAGGGGCACUUAGAGUUCAAACAGCGUUACUGGUUUGAGUUCCAGGAGUCUUUCUCAUUCUCCCUGCAGGCAGCUCCUUCUCACAGCCCAAAGAAUUGCCCUUGCACCAUCUCAGCUCUAAAACCAACACAGUCCUGCUGUAACAAACCUCUCUCUCUCCAAGUGCCUAAAACUCUCUUCUUGCUGGGGGCUAGGAAAUAAUCACAGUAUUUGAUAUGGAAAUGUGCCUGAAGGCAGUGACACAGGCCAUCUGCAAGGGAAGCAGCUGUCACGGGGUUUCUCUGCUGGCACGACUGGCAGAGGUGCCUCAGUGGUGGUGACACAGAUGCUGGGAAUCAGGCAGGGCCUCCCUGGAAGUUUGGUGGGAUGCUUUGUCCUGAGCUUGCAUGGCUCGUUACUGAUGCUACUGCUCUGUAGUCACGGCAGAAGCAAGUUCCCAGAGUGUGGAACAAUAGGUAAGCAGUCAUCUUUGGAAUUUUUCUUCUAAAUGUAAUACAUACAGGGAUUUAAUAGAAAAUCACCUGUCACUGAGGCUGUGCUGCUGCUGGAAGAAUCCCAGUGCAUUAAUCAGUAGCAUCCUGGGCACAACGUUAUGAUGAUGGCUGAGAAUGAAUGAGGUCAGAGGUGCUGAAGGAAGAGUUGAAUUUUAUGAUGAUUCCUCUGCCUACUCCUAGAAUUUUUCGUUCAGUUCAAAUUAAACUGACACAUCUCACAAAUUACUGCUUGAACAGUGUAUAUUAAGCAAUGCUGACAAGUAGAAUCAAACCUACUCAUAAUCCAACUUGUUUAGCAUUUUCUGUUUCCCAGAAUGCAGAAAUCUGGCUGACACUGAUACAUUGUCUUGGUUUGGUUUUGAGCCUUUCACUGAUGAGCUGGGUACCAUAUCUGAACUGACUUAGGUCUGGCUUUACUAAAACACGGUACUGAAGGGAACUGCACUAGCCAGCCAUCUAGAACAGAGACAGUCGUGCUCAGAACAAGGAGCUAAAUAAUUAUCUACAAACUUUUUAUUUUUUUUGAGUACUGGCCCGACUAAGAAAGCCUUUCCCUGCCACAAAUUCCUGCUGCUUUCGGGCUCUCCAGAAGGGGGAGGUGCUGGCUCAUCUGUGGCAGCAAAGAAACAUCUGAGAGGGAAGCUGCUUCUGCAGAACCCUCUUGAGGAGAUGGCAAAGGCAACACAAAAACUGCACCGAAUUUCAAUCGAGGCUGCAGUUUCAGUAUUUUGAUAUGCACAGACACAUAAUCUCCUGCUCCCUUUACAGCAGAAUGGUGAUCAUAGGAAAAGAAGAGAUGGGCUUGAGGUGAACCCAAAUGUAUCCUUUUUGCAGUUAAUUGAUAUGAGUGUUUUCUUUGGGGAAUUUGAUAUUUUCAUUCCAAGCUUGUUGCACAGUUUAGAAGAAUAGUCUGAUCAUGUGUAUCUGUGCUAUUUUUAAUUUGAUUGCUGUUUCACUGCUGCAACACAGACAAAUGGCUGAUUUAUUAUGAGGAGGAAAUCUUUUUUACCAGGAGAAUUGUACCUGUCAGAGAAACUGCUAGAAAAAAAAGGGAUCAGAAUUUCCUUGUAAAAUAGUAUGUAACAGCAUUUAUCAUGCUUUCACUGAUACUAGAAUAUUGAAUUUUCAAGUAUUUAUUUUAACAACAAAAGAAAUCUCAGAUGCUUUCUCUACAAAGUUUCCUGAGUUUUGGUCAAUGUUUCUGGUCCAUAAGCUAGGAAGGAGUGAUAUGGUUUGGCUGCAAGUGGCGUUCUCUGUCACAUCUGCUGAUGCCAGUUUUCAGCUGUGAAGUCAUCCAUAAGUUUGUAGUUGAAAAGAAAUACUUUGAGUGGAAGGGUAGCUGCAACACUGCCUGAAUUGUGCAGCUGCCUUUAGAAGAAAGGAUGAAACCUUUGUACCUACAUGUGUGCAUACCUGCACAUUCAGAAGUUUGUUUCCUUUAAUAAAGGUCUUAUGAGCACGGUGCAGCCAAAACCCUAUUACAUUUCACGGAAGAAGAGUUCUUGACACAUUAGGGUUUCUUAAAAUGUUUUAUUUAAUAUUUCAGUUAACAACUGAAACCAAGAUCUUUCUGUGAGAACCUCACCUCUGACUAAACUGUAAUGUGUGUGCUCGCAGGAUUUUUUCCUGGUGUUUACCUGUUCCAGCUCCCUUUGUUUGCCGUGAGGGAAAGCACUGGUGCUCAGCCCUGUAAAAUCAGCUGCUCUUCCCUGCCCUGCCAGUGCGUCCUGAAGGAGUCUGUCCCUGCAGACAAGUUCAUUUCAUUCAUCAUAAAGCUGAAAAUAAUGAUUUGGGACAGCAAAUGAGGAGAUCUUAAGGAAAUGUGUCCUCAGUGUGUGAGCAUGAGGGCAUGUCACCUUUCUCAGCAGUAACAGAACUGUCUUGGUUUUAGAAUUGCUGAUGAAAAUUGUUGCUGUCUCUCCAGUAGCUGUUCCUCACUUAGUGGACAGUGCUGUCGCCCCACUGCAGUAAAACAUUCACACCUGCAGAACCCUAAUGUCAACAUCAACAGUGAGGCAAUGACAACUGCUGUGAUUGUGCUUUUUUUCCUGAAGGAUUCACCAGGGAUGGUGUUUAAGAAUUGUUUUUAAAAGCCUGACUAUUGUCAGUUGAAACAACUGAUGUACACUGCAAAUUACUGGCUGCGUGUGAAAAUGUAAGAAAUGAGAAAAUUUAGUCAGGCUUCACAGGAUGCCAGCUGAUGAGGAUUUGUUUGUCAAACCACACCAUGGUGCAAACAAGUCUGAGCUUUGCUGGGUCCCUUAUAUGUAUGAUUCCAAUAUUUAUUGUGUUGUGCAUUAAUUAAUGAAUAAAGAAUAUUUUUCGUAGUAAAUGUGUGAUUGUAUUUGCUUAAUUUUGUACAUAUGCUUUCUGCUUACAAUAGAUUUAUUUUUUUGAUCUUGAUGUUUCUUUUGGUUGAAGUAUGUGUUAAGGAAAUGAAGAAGUAGACAGACUCAGACCUUUUAAGAAGGAAAUGUUGAUACCUCUCUGUAUCUGUGUGUAAACUGAAUAACCAUGGAGAUUUUUCCAGGCUGGAUGGCCCCUUAUUUUAAAUUCAAGGGAAUCUGUAGACUUGGUAAGUAUGUUUUCAGAUACUCUCCUGUUUAUUGCAGCUAGUGAGGUCUAACAGGUAUUUUCACUGUCCCUGCAUGUUGACAUCCUUCUUGAGGUCAAGAGUAAACUCCCUUGAAAUACCGAGUAUUGCACAGGGCUAAAGUAUUCUACACUAGCUAUUUACUUUGGGUUUUAAACUAGAACACAAAGUGGAAUAAAUGCAUAGGAACAAAACCAGUUAGUAGCUAUAGGUACUGCUAGGUAAAAAUGUUGGAAAAUUAAUUGAGAAAUGACUAGCGAAAUUUAGAACUCUGAGAAAUUUCUCUGUCAGAAAAGAAAGGGAGAACAUUGAUCAGUUUAUCUCAGUUUUCUGUCUUUAAAUCCACUGAUUUUGAUGAGAAGUUCCCGUUAUGUCAGGUAAUGCUGAGCUGCUGAAACAGGCUGGUUUAGUAUUAUCUCAGUAUAUGCCCUGGAUUUGAUGCUGAGAAUGAAUAUUGACUUUAUUGUAUUUAAAGGCAUUUUGAAUUCUGCAUUGUUUUAAUAUCCUUUAAUAUUUCAUUGCAGGUUCUAACUAAUUAGGAUAGCUAGUAACAGGGGCUGAAAAAGGGAAUAAGGCUCCUGCUGAGCUCUGAGCUUGGUGACCUCAGCUGCUCCUUUCCAGUGCACCUUCAGCUGCAGGUACUGGAACCAUGCAAAGAAGAGUUCCAAGGAACCAUCUGAGGGGAUUCUUCAGGAGUGCUGACAGACAGUCUACUCAGUGGAGAAGAAUUUGUUCCUGGGAACUGAUGGCUCUUAAUCCAAGCAGAGGGCACUGGAUCCUGGAAACGGGAGUUGAUGCUGGGAAGCACAAGGACCUGAUUGCUUUAGCAGAUGGACUGAUUUUUUUCCUUCUGGAUGCUGUUGGUGUGGAAGAGAAGUCUGCAGCUCUGUCUGCUGCUUGCUGAGUGACAGAGAGACAACCAUGGUACGUGUCAGCAGGUGAUAAACUUGUCCUUUACAUGUGUUUUUUAUUUUAAUUAAAGUGGUAGCUACAAAAAUCAGUUAUCUGGAAAUCAGGUUGGCUAAAGUACUACCCAUCUGGCAUCCUUCUGAACAAACAGCACCAGCCAGCUGACACAUUGGAGGGAGAUGCAAACACCUACAAACUGAACAGCCAGGCCGGGGUGGAAACUGGUUGUACUGUUCAGGCUUGUCCCUGCAGUCCACGGGGAAAAUAUAGGAGUGGUCUGAGGGGAGAUGGCUGAAUCAGGGAGUUUAGCCCUUGAUUUGAAGUCCACAAUUUCAUUACACAGUUAUCAUCUUUUUCAGUGAGUUCAUCUUGUUCUCAACAAUGCCCACAAACAAUGCACUCCACUCUCCCUCUUCCAUCACUGAGUUCCCUUUGCUGUGUGCUGGGGUUUGCAUUUUCCUCACUGAUGGCUCAUGUGAGCUGUAAGCCAGAGAGACUAACAAAAAAUAUUAGGAUUGUUUAUUUUUCAAAUUAUUUUUUAAGUUCAUAUGGAUCUUGUGCAUAUAUGUUGUAAUAUAACUCUUUUAAUAAUAAAAGUUUUAAUGCUAAUAAGGAACAUAUAUUAAAAAAACCUUCCUAAGUCUU